AUGGACGAAGUCAUGACAGCUGCUGAUGCAUCGUCCAGAUAUCGAUCAGUAACUUCUCCACCGACUAUUCUUCCCUCCAACAUUCCUCUCCUUUCCGCUUUCCUUGCUUUCUCUCUCGCUCAAUUCCUUAAGCUUUUCACCACCUGGUUCAAGGAGAAGAGAUGGGAUACUAGAAGGAUGCUUGGGUCAGGUGGAAUGCCCUCAUCCCAUUCAGCAACUGUGACAGCUCUUGCAACUGCUAUUGGUCUGCAAGAAGGAACUGGAGCGCCAACAUUUGCAGUUGCAUUGGUUUUGGCAUGCGUUGUUAUGUAUGAUGCAACUGGUGUUAGACUUCAUGCUGGUCGCCAAGCUGAGUUACUAAAUCAAAUCGUCUGCGAGCUACCUCCUGAACACCCUGUCUCCAACAUUAGACCGCUACGAGAUUCACUUGGUCACACCCCACUUCAGGUUGUUGCAGGUGCACUUUUGGGGUGUGUUUUAGCAUUCCUCUUGAGAAUGCAUGAUAGUCGAUGUUUGUGGGUGGAGUGUAAAGUUCAGCAUGCUAUGUGCUUGUCUGAUAGAAUAGGCGGGAGUGUGGAGUUGACAAUGCUUCUGGUUAAAUUGCAUAGAAAUAGAAGUCUUGGUGCUUUCCUUAGCGGCUGUGUAGUUCUUCUGGGUGCUGUUAAACUCUCAACUAGCUGCUUGUGGGGUCUGCCGGAUAAUUUUGGGAGGAGAAUAUUUGAUAUAGGUGACUUUUGUCAAGUGGCUGCCGUAGUGUGGAAUAGAAAAAUUGAUGGUUGGCCCAUGUCUAGAAUUUGGCUAGAGUUCAAGCUUCUCAAAGACCCAAUCAAGAAGCUCAAUUCAACCCACUAUGAUGAUAUUACUGCAAAAGUGGAAAAUGCCCGGAAUGCUCUUGAUAAAGCUCAGUCCGAUAGUCCUACCGUUGAAAAUAUGAUGCAAGAAAAGCGUCUAUCUGAAACUUUAACAUGA